AUGGCCAGACUCUCAUGGGUUCCAACUGCUCUUUUCGUCAUCCUAGCCUUGAGCUUUGCCAUUGAUGUUGCUCUGGCUGAGAAAGAGGGAUCACUUCGUCGUGAAGAUUGUCCAUCAGCAUGCAAGUAUCGGUGUUCAGAAACUUCACAUAAGAAGCCAUGCAUGUUCUUCUGCAAGAAAUGCUGCGACAAAUGUCUUUGUGUACCAUCGGGCACAUAUGGGCACAAGGAAGAAUGCCCAUGCUACAACAACUGGAAGACCAAAGAAGGUGGUCCUAAGUGCCCAUGA